CUGCGCUUUACGGCAGGACGUGACGGUGAGGGAGAGCGACAGCGGAGCGCGGGAAGUCUGGGAGCAGCGGCCCGGGACGCGGAGCAGCAGCAGCAGCAGCAGCAUGCCCUGGCCUCACCCCCUGUGAUGAACGUGUCCGUGCGGCUGCUCCGCAGGGCCAGCAUGCUGCCCCAGCCCUGGCGCUGCUUCUCGCGGGCCGCGGAGGAGGUGGCGCUGCAGAGGAUCCGCAAGGUGCUGUGCGUGGCCGAGAAGAACGAUGCUGCCCGGGGCAUCGCCGAGCUGCUCUCCAACAGGAGGAUGCGGCGGCGAGAAGGGUUUUCCAAGUUCAACAAAAUCUAUGAAUAUGACUACCAGAUGUUUGGCCAGAACGUUACCAUGGUGAUGACAUCCGUGUCAGGACAUUUACUGGCUCAUGAUUUUAUCAUGCCAUUUCGCAAAUGGCAUAGCUGCAACCCUUUAGCUCUUUUUGAUGCUGAAAUUGAGAAGUAUUGCCCUGAAAAUUACCUGGAUAUCAAGAGAACCCUUGAACGAGAAAUCCAGCAGUGCCAAGCCCUGGUGAUCUGGACUGACUGCGACCGAGAAGGAGAGAACAUUGGCUUUGAGAUCAUCCACGUGUGCAGAGCUGUAAAGCCAAACCUGCAGGUGUUCCGAGCACGGUUCUCUGAGAUCACCCCUCACGCUGUCAGGGCCGCCUGUGAGAACCUCACCCAGCCCGACCAGAGAACCAGCGACGCCGUGGACGUCAGGCAGGAGCUGGACCUCAGGAUAGGUGCUGCCUUCACCAGAUUCCAGACACUGAGGCUGCGGAAGAUCUUCCCUGAUAUUUUAGCAGAUCAGCUGAUCAGCUAUGGCAGCUGCCAGUUCCCCACACUGGGAUUUGUAGUUGAACGCUUUAAAGCCAUCCAGGCUUUUGUUCCUGAAGCCUUCUACAAAAUUAAAGUGACCCACGACCAUGAGGACGGCAGCGUGGUCUUCAACUGGAAGAGGAACCGGCUCUUCAAUCACACGGCGUGCCUGGUCCUUUACCAGAUGUGUAUGGAGGAUCCGGUAGCGACUGUUGUUGAUGUUGUGAGCAAGCCAAAGAGCAAAUGGAGGCCCCUGCCCCUGGACACUGUGGAACUGGAAAAAUUGGCUUCCCGCAAACUGAAAAUAAAUGCAAAGGAAACAAUGACAAUAGCAGAAAAACUCUAUACUAAAGGGUUCAUUAGUUACCCUCGAACUGAGACCAACAUUUUCCCCAAGGAGCUGAACCUGUCUGCCUUGGUAGAACAGCAAACACAGGACCCAAACUGGGGAGGGUUUGCACAAAGGAUUUUGGAUGAGGGUGGGCCAACUCCUCGGAGUGGAACCAAAUCUGAUCAGGCUCACCCUCCCAUUCACCCCACAAAAUAUGCCAGCAACCUGCAGGGCAAUGAGCAGAGACUCUACGAGUUCAUCGUGCGCCACUUCCUGGCUUGCUGCUCUCAAGAUGCCAAAGGACAGGAAACAACCGUGGAGAUCGACAUUGCCAACGAGCAAUUCAUUGCUCAGGGACUCAUGAUCCUGGCCAGAAAUUACCUGGAAGUGUAUCCUUAUGACAAGUGGAGUGAUAAGGUUAUCCCUCUGUAUCAUAAAGGGUCUCGUUUUCAGCCCACCACGGUGGAGAUGGUGGAUGGGGAAACCAGUCCUCCCCUGCUCCUCACAGAAGCAGAUCUCAUUGCUCUCAUGGAAAAACACGGCAUUGGGACUGAUGCCACCCACGCCGAGCACAUCGAGACAAUCAAGACGCGCAUGUACGUGGGGCUGACGGCGGAUCAGCGCUUCCUGCCCGGCCAGCUGGGCAUGGGGCUGGUGGAAGGUUAUGAUUCCAUGGGCUACGAGAUGUCCAAGCCUGACCUUCGAGCUGAGCUGGAGGCUGAUCUAAAAUUGAUCUGUGAGGGGAAGAAAGACAAAUCUGUAGUGUUGCAGCAGCAGGUCCAGAAGUACAAGCAAGUCUUCAUUGAAGCUGUGGCCAGAGCCAACAAGUUGGACCAGGCCCUGGCUCAGUAUCUGGGAGAAGCUGCAGAAGUUCCAGAGCAGGAUGAGGUGUACCCAGCCAUGCCCCUUUCUGUUCGGAAAUGUCCCCAGUGCAACAGUGACAUGGUCCUGAAGACCAGGAAGAAUGGCGGGUUCUACCUCAGCUGCAUGGGCUAUCCAGCCUGUAAAACUGCAGUCUGGUUCCCUGAUUUUGUGGUGGAUGUGACCAGGGAUGACAGCAUCUGUGAUGUGUGUAAACCCCAUCCAGUUCACAGACUGAAGUUUAAAUUCAAGAAGGGCAGCGUUCCCCCUGUGAUGCCCCUGGAGUUCGUUGGCUGCAUUGGAGGCUGUGAUGAGAUGCUGAAAGAGCUUUUGGACCUCAAGUACUUGCACAGAUCAUCCCAACCUGCACCAUCCACCCCCCAACCCGGGCACCACCUGCAGGCCAACCACUCCCUGAACAGAUCCAGCAGCGAGACCAGGCAAGCCAGGGGGACCUCAGACCAGGCACGGGGACACCUGCUCUCCAUCAACUCCUCCAGGACCCCCAGGGCUGCUCCUCCAGCUGCUCCUGCAGCUGCUGCAGACGAUGGCAAUGCUGUGGUGUGCAACUGUGGCAGCGAGGCGCUGCUGCUGACCGUGCGCAAGGACGGCCCCAACAAGGGCCGCCAGUUCUACAAGUGCGGCUCCGGCUCCUGCAACUUCUUCCUCUGGGCUGACGAGCAGCCACAGGACAGAGGCAGCUCCACGCCGCUCCAGCCCGCUGCUGCAAGAAGCCCAGCAGGAUUCCAGAGGCCAGGAGGAGGCAGGGAGCCCCUGGGAAGCAGCAGCUGGGACGCUGGAGGUGGCGGUGGCACGGUGUGCAGGUGUGACCAGCCCGCGGUGAUGCGCACCGUGCAGAAGGACGGCCCCAACAAGGGGAGGCAGUUCCACACCUGCCCCAAGCCCCGCGAGCAGCAGUGUGGCUUCUUCCAGUGGGCAGAUGAGAACGUGGCACCAGGCCCUUCUGGAAAUGACUCUUUGAACCACUUUGGCAGCAAUGGCAACUCCAGAGGCUUUGGAAGCAAGGCCAAGAGACCAGGCAAUCUCUCCUCAGUAUCUGCUGCCAAGAAGCCACGGACCUGCAGCAUUUGCCACCAGCCUGGGCACACGAGGAAAACCUGUCCUCAGAACCACUGAGCUGGGAUGGAGCUCUGAGAGCCUGCAAGGACCAGGAAUGUGAACUCUGCACAAGGAACUGGACUUUGGGAACAAGCCCCUUGAGUGAUUUUUGGAGAAGCUGGCUGCAGGCUGCUCCUGCCAAGGGAUGCCAUUUGUUUCAGCAAGGGUUCAGCCAGCUUGGAAAAGUGGUUCCACUGCCAGGUUUUGUUUCCAGCUCCUCUUCUGCUGAGCAGUUUGGGAAGGUCUGAACAUUUCAAGGAAGCACUUGGAAGCUGAGUCUGUGGAGAAAACUGCACUGCAUCAUCCCCUGCACCAUCCUGGUGUUGUUCCUGGCCUCUCCACGCAGGGAAAAGCUGGAUCAGACACCAGGGCUGCCAAGCUCUGCUCAGGCCCUGCCUUUCCACAGUGUGGAAUUUGAGUUCCCUUCUCAGUUGAUGUUAUCUGAGCAACAUUCCCCUUAUUGUCACCCUUACCUGGGUUGUGAAGGAGGGUCAGGUGCUGAGGAGCAGGAUCUGGUGCUGGCCUUGGGAGGAGCUCAGCUGCAGUGCUCAGGAAAAGCCCUCAUUUUAGAUGGUUCCUGAAUUUGAGGAGGCAAGUUCUUCCUCAAACUUUGAGACAUGCCUUUGUGAUGCUGCUAGCUGAUCAAAGUUAUUUUUGUCAAAUUAAAUGAGUUUCUUAUUAAAAUAUUAUUUAAAUUUGAUGCAGUGACACCUUAGCUUUCCCUAAUUAUUUCUUCCUACAUCAAAUAGUGAAGCUUUUACUGUGAAAGCAUCCAGCCAAAUCUUGCUCUUUCCAAUCACUGGAACAAUAGAGGAGCUUUCUUGGCAGAAACUCCCCACAGCAAUUUAGAAGUGAGCUACAAAGAGAUGGGAAAAAGUUUUUAUCUCACCAGCUGCAUCUGCUGAUCUGGGACAGACAGACAGAGCUGGCUGAGCUGAAGAGAAGCUCUGUUUUCCUGUUCUGGGUUCAGACUGAACUCCCUGGGAAGCCAGGCUGCCUCUUCCCUCGCUGCUGGGGCUUCCUCUGUUCAUCAGAGGAGGGAAUCUGCAGGAUUGCUGUGUACUCUGCUGCCAGGAGCUCCAGUGCUGCUCAGGGUCCUGCACAGAGCAGUUCCUGGGGCCAGCACUGAGGGGAUGGGCUGGAGCCCUUGGAGGGCAGCUGGAAGCAGAGCCCACAGCUCUGAAAGAGAGCCUGAACCCCUGCAGCAGUCCAUUGCUGUCAGGCCUAAAUCCAUGCAGACAGCCAGGAGAAUUUGGGUUGCAUUUCCCUGUAGCCCUCACUCCCACCAUCAACAGCCGUGGCCUAAAAAUAGCCUGGGCUGAAAUACCAACAUGACAAGGUUUGGAAUGCAGUCACUGAGCCAAGGCAGGGCAGCAGCCUGGCCAGACACCUUGGAAUGGCAGCAGCUGUGCAGGACACAGGGAGAGGUUAAACCUUGCUGCUGGAUCAGCCAGGAGCAGCUUUAGGAGUCUCAGCCUGGGCAAUGCUCAGCUGAGCCCUGGAAGUGGUACAAGCUCAGUGUCCAGACAGCUCCCACACUGCAGCCAGGCACUCUGUGGGUCCAGGGCUUUGGAAGAGGAGGAGGAGGAUGAGGAAGACUGUGCAGGAUGGGAUCUAACCAUCACCAAGCUCUCCAGGACAUGCCCUAGGUCGUUCCCAGGAAGGCCACACAGCUGAGGAGUCACUUCAACCCUUAGCAGGGGAAAGGAGACAAAGGAGAGCUGACAGCAGAGAACCAGUGUGCACAGGGAAGGUUUAUUCUCAUCACUAACACCUGGGAAGUGGUUUGGAGGAACAAAGGAAUUGUCAGACUGGGAGGAAAAUCAGGUUUUUUUCCUCCCAUAAACAAGAUGGUAGCUGUAAAGAAAACUAAACCACAACAGCUGCUCACAGUGAAGUCCACAGGAUUUCUCCAGCUCCACCCACGAGCAAAACCAGCUCUUCCCAUUAAAUACAAGAAUAAAUUGCUUUUCUCUGGGACUAGAGCCAGACCAAACCCUACUAGCAGCCACUCAAAGGAAAAGAAAAAAACCAACAAAAUAC